AUGAAAAAUAGCCAAAAUGGGAUGGAAUAUAAACUGGUGUCAGAUAUUGAGGCAUUCAAUCUGGACAGCUUCUCUCCUAGGCUAACUCUGCAACAGGAUAAUAUGAUCCAACUGUACAAAGAUAUGCUUAUCAUCAGGUAUGUAGAAGAGUAUCUUGAACAACAAUACAAGAAAUCAAAUAUAAGGGGAUUCUGCCACUUAACCAUAGGGCAAGAAGGACUGUAUGCGGUCCUAAAGGACAUAAUUGACCAUGACUGUCUAAUAACAUCUUAUAGAUGUCAUGGAGCAGCAUAUGCAGCAGGCGUGAAUCUGAAAGAGAUCAUUUGUGAAAAUCUUGGGACAGGUGAGGGUAACUGCAGAGGAAAGGGUGGGUCUAUGCAUCUAUAUGGAGACAGAUUCUUUGGAGGGCAUGGAAUUGUGGGAGCUCAGGUCCCUUUGGGUGCUGGAGUGGCAUUUGCCUUAAAGUACAUGGCCAUGAAUAAGACAGUGACUAAUGAGGACAAUGAUUUUGUUGCUAAAUCCAAGGAGAGUUUUCUCAAUGCAAAGACAGACAAUGUAUGUUUUUGUAUAUUUGGCGAUGGUGCUACCAACCAGGGCCAGGUUUAUGAGACAUACAACAUGGCAAAAGUUUACAAUUUGCCUAUUGUUUUUAUAGUUGAAAAUAACCGGUAUGGAAUGUACACACCGCUGGAAAAUGUCACUGUUGAUGACUGUUUCUUUAAAAGAGGAUAUGGAAUACCUGGUAUUAGGGUAAGGGAUACAAAAAUAUCUAAUUUGAAAGGCGUUCUUGAGUUUUCAAAAGGAUACUCAAUGAAAUGCGGCCCAAUUAUUGUUCAGGUCGAUACAUUCAGAAAGUGUGGGCAUAGCACUUUAGAUUUAUCCAAGUAUUACAUAACCAAAGAUGUUUCGGAAAGAGAGGCUGGAUUAGACUGUCUACUAAAUCUUGAGAAUGAACUUAAAGGUAAAGUCCCUGAGCAGGAAUUGAAGAGCAUCAAGGAAGACGCAUAUUUAACGGUCACACAGUGUGCAAAUGAAAUUGAUUUUGAAAACGUGCCAGGCGAACAAGAGCUUUACAGUGAUAUAUUUUUUAAAAAUGAAUGA